AUGUCAAGUUCCAAGUCAGAGGAUUACAAGGUGGGGGCUUAUAUAGGAUAUCGAAUGGAGGAGCUGGGAGUCAGCGAUUACUUCGUUGUACCUGGAGACACCAACCUGACCCUCCUCGACAGUCUCCUGGAAAACCCACGUCUUCGGAUGGUAGAAUGCUGCAACGAGCUGAACACGGGAUACGCUGCAGAUGGUUAUGCGCGUGCGUCGGAAUGUAAAACAGCAGUGGCUGUCAUUCCAUACAUCGUCGGCGGUUUAUCUAUCCUGAAUGCUAUAUCGGGUGCUUGCUCAGAACGACUUAAGGUCAUCGUUAUCUCGGGCUGUCCACCUACUAGCGUGUUGACCAGCAGUAAACCGACGCACCAUACGCCGUCGCCGACGAAUAAGGACGUGGCCCUCCACGCCUUUCAAGGAGUGACGGCUGCGUCAGUACGCGUCAACACUGCUGAAUCCGCGACAGAUGUGAUUGAUAAUGCCAUAAUUAAAUGUAUUCAACAAUCACUCCCGGUAUACAUCGAACUGCCGAACGACAUUGCCGGCGCACCAUGCCCUUUCCCAAUACCUUUCACCCGGAAAGUUGAGGAAGCGACCCAGCUGAACAGAAAUGGCGAGGCACUAGAAGCUGUAACAGAUCUGUGGAACUCUUCUCACAGACCAGUACUACUUCUCGGAAGUCAGGCACGGGUGUCGCUUCCGCGAGAUAUUGUCCAACGUCUUUCCGAAAAGCUCGGCUGCCCGGUGUUGUGCCAACCGGACGGACGUUGGCUAUCGGAAUCCCACCCACAGUAUUGGUGCACCUUUUGGCCUGGCUUACUCAACCCCGAAGGAGAGAAGCUUGUCUUGGAUUCUGAUCUUUGGCUAGCCAUCGGAGUCUCCUGGUCGGACUUACAUACUCACUCCAUCGACCCAAAGGAGGAGAACCACCGUUUGAUCGCUCUACAACACGACGGAGUUGAGUUACCAGAGGAUAAAGUGAUUAGCCCGGUAAACCUCAGAGAGUUGGUCUCAGCGAUGAUCGACAGCAACAUUAUUCGCCGAAGCGAAUCUCUGCCCAGCUCUAAGCCGAGCCACCCCGCUGGCAUCCAGACUGAAAUCAAAACUUCCGACGAUGCAUUGACAGUGCGAAGUUUGCUAUCAGGUGUCCAAGCUAUGCUGCAAGAGAACUCCAAACUGGUUGUGGAUACAGGCGACACGUGGUUUGCUGCGAGCCACGUUGAGCUGCCAGAUGGGGUGGAUAUCUACAUGCAACUUCCCUACGCAUCGAUCGGAUGGAGCGUGCCAGCUACUCUUGGCGCUCAAGUAGCUCAUCCUCAUGGUCGCGUUGUUCUCAUGGUAGGUGAUGGUGCAUUUCAAAUGACGGCCCAAGAGAUAAGCACGAUGGUACGGAUGAAGUUGAAUCCGAUCAUUUUCCUGUUCAAUAAUCUUGGAUACAAGACCGAGACCGCAGUGCACGAAGGCUCAUACAAUUAUAUCGCUAAUUGGGACUAUACCAAGCUAGCCACCUCGUUCCUCGACAAGCCCCAUGCACACCCCCCUAGCCCGUAUGCAACAGACAAGCCAGGUGAUGAUGAAAUGCCCGUGUUUGCCGAGAAGGUCCGUACACAGGCCGACCUCCUGCGGGCGAUGGAGAGAGUUUCUGCAGAGAGUGACAAGCUUGCGUUCCUGGAGUGUUGUAUCCAACCAGACAAUAUGACUCCAGAGCUGCGAGCUUUGGGAGAGAAGGUGUCAAAGGGGGUUUCGAAAUAA